AUGUUUGCCAAAGCUUAUAUGAAAGCAUUAGAAGAUAUGAGUGAUAAUGAACAAGAUCUACACAUAGUUUCAUCCCUUGUAAAUACACUUGUUAAUAAAACGGUUGUUCAAAUUGAUCCACAAGAUGAUGAUGAUGAUAAAAUCGACUUAGCAGAACGCAUUCGAAAAGGUUCGUUGACAACAUCAACCAUUAAUUUAGAAAAUGAUGCACAGCAAAUAAAACAAAAUUACGAAGCAGUACAGCUAAUGCAAAUGUUUCUAUUUAAAAUAUUGUUUUUUUUUUGUUCUUUGUAUCAAUUCCUGUUUAUAAUAACUAUAAUGCCAGAUUAA